AUGGCGGCGGCGGCGGCUCCGCGGCCCAACCCGGCCCGGCCCCGGCAACCACCUCCGGGUUCGGGCAAAGCCCUGCCGGGCCGGGAAAGGCCUCCGCCAACCCAAACCCAACGGGGCGGCAGCGGGAUGGCCCGCACCGCCGGACCCGCGCCGCCCGAACCCUCCCCUCGCCCAACCCACCGCAGAACCGCCCCGCCCGGCCUGGGCUACCGGGAAGCAGGGGGGGGGAAGCUGGAGGGGAAGCGGGAGGGGAUGCGGGGGGGGAAGGGGGAGGAUGCGGGGGGGAAACGGGGGGGAUUAGCACCCUCAGCAGUGGCACCCCGGGCAGUGGAAUCCUCCGAAAGUGACAACCCCUAUAGUGACACCCACGGCACUGACACCCCCGAUAGUGAUACUCCCAGCCGUGACACCUCGGGACCCAGCACACACACAGUGACACCUUCUGGCAGUGACCCCCCAGGGACCCAGCACCCACACGCCCCCCUCCCCGGCUCGCUGACGCCCACCCUGGCAGUCCCCGCCGUGAGUCACCGCCGCAGAUAUCUGCCGAGCCCACCCCCGCACUCCCCCUCCACGAUCCGCCAUCCUUCCAGCCCCCCAGAGCCACCCACUAUGCCACCAGCAGGGCAGUAG